AUGCAGCCAUAUUCCCCUCCAAUCACCCGCUCAUACGUCGAUUCCCCACAGCUCAAGUCACGAACCUACGUCCAGCUUUUCGCCUGGUUCGGCCUAUUGAUCGCCGUCUUGCAUCUCUUCGAGGGCCGCAGCCUAGGUUGGCUACAGCUCUUUCUCUCCAUUCUCGGCAUCUUCGCGUCCUGGGAAAAUGUCACUUCGCGCCGCUCCUACCUCGCUGUCUACGUCGCCGGUUGCUUCAUUUGGACCGUCAUAGACGCCUUCUACAUGCUGCUGCUCAUCGCAUCCAUCUGGUCCCCCCUGCAUGACUUUAUCCAGGGCCUCAUUGUAUCCAACACAUUUCGAAACCUCUCGGGCUCGCUAGAUGAGCUAUUCACCGCGCUAGGAAAAGACACGGGCUUCUUUGAGCUCUUUUCCGUCACCACCAGCCUUCUUCGGACCUUCGCAUGCCGCUGUUAA